AUGCAGCCGUCACCGGCCCGUGUGGCAAAGGCCGGCGGUGGCACACCGGCGCCGUGUUUCCGCUUGCAGAAGGUCUGCCAGCCAUCAGUGCCGAGUCGCAAGCGAAGUCAGAAAAAGGUGCCAGGAUCGAGAACAGCUCACCUGGAGGAGAAGCUGGACGACCUGGUCUCCCUCAUACGGUCCCAAACAGCCGUGAAGGGCCCAAAUGAAUCACCGCCAGUCCCGACCCCGGGGUCGCUGGGGCAGUCGGCAUCCGAUGGCACAGCUCUUCCCUCCCUCUCAUCAGACUCAAGCCCCAACACCGUCAACACCUCAGUCGUCCCGACCUGCCGCGCGUGGGGCGGCAAGACGAACCCCUCCAGCAGCACUGCAGACGCAGAGCUCGACUACUACGUCCCCGAGAAGGAGGCCCAGGAGCGCCUCGACCUCUUCCGGCGUGACUACCCGCAGUUCGGCCCGGUGGUACACAUCCCACCGAGUGUGACUGCAAAGGAACUCCACCAGACUCGCCCGCUGCUGUGGAUCUCCAUCAUGGCCUGUACGACCCGCUCUACGAAAGAGUCACAUGUGAUUGGCGACAAGGUCCGGCACAUUGUCUCGGAAAGGGUGGUGCGGCAGUACGAGAGGAGUCUGGACUUGUUGCAAGGCUUGUUGGUCUUUUUAUGCUGGGCAUCGCAAAUGCUGCGGAGAGACCACAACCUCCGCUGGUCACCGCAUAUGGAGGAAAGCCUCCGGCUAUUCAUGGAGCAGCCCGAGUGUGAAGGGGACAAGAUCCUUGCCACACAAGUCCGCUGUGCCCUCAUCUCGGAGCAAAUGAAUGAUUUCUUGAUACAACAGUCUCUGAGCGGAGAGAGUCAGACAUCACCAUACUUCAUAAAAGCUCUCGAUGGGCAAUUGCAAGAGAUUUGGAGGACCUUGCCGGAAAUGAGGGCCACAUCUCAUAAUGAUACGGUGCUGCUCCACAUGUACGCCUCAGAGGUCAUCAUCAACGAGCUCGCCCUGCACCUACCGCCCUCGACGGCACACACCGACGUCAUGUACCGCCUGGACCGGCUGCAGAAGUGCCUGAAGGCCAUCGAGAACUGGUUCGACACGUACGAGCGCACGCCGGCGUCCAUGGCCCUGGGCGGGACGUUCCACCUCUUCGUGCAGAUGGUGACCGGGCUGGUGACCUGCAUCAAGCUGAGCAAGCUCGAGGACUUCCCGGCGUGGGACGCGGCCGAGGUGCGGCGGCGGCUCGACGUCUUCGCGCUCUUCGACCGCAUCGCCGCGCGCAUGGAGACGAUCAGGACGGUGGCCGGGAUCCAGGAGGACGACGAGCGCGAGGAGAGCAUCUGGGCCAAGUCGUCCAAGGUCAUGGGGCUCAUGAAGGCCGGCGUGCAGGCGGAGUGGGCGAGCAACGCGGGCGGCGGCGAGCCUCCUGAUCCGGCGGCGGCUGGGGCGCAUGCUCUUGAUAGCCGGCUGGCCAUGACCGCGGGCGGCGACGGCGUGAUGGGUGCGAAUCUGCAGAUGAAUCAGGAUGCCCUCACGGGGGAAUAUGUGCACAAUUUCGGGGACGACCCGUGGCUGUCUGCGAUGUUUAUUCCGUGGGACGCGAUGAAUUUCUAG